UUCCAACAUAAUAACAGAUCUUCAAAUGUAAACGUUUUCACAUUUACAAAAUGUCUAAAUAUCAUCAUAAUUGCGCAUUCCAUUGAAAAUUCCUGUAGAUUUUUAUGGAGUGAUGAAUGCCCCCACAAUAAAUGUUUAUCGACUUCCCCCUCUAGACUGACUCACUACCGACAUAAUUGAGGUUGAAUAAAAUGUAAAGAAUUAAUAAGUUCUGUUCUGGUGAUUUUCUACCAUUACAUACACCGACAGAAACAAAUAGUUCGGUUUAAAUAAAACAAACGCAUUUAGCCAAUGUAUAAGCUAUUCCGAAACUUUUGUCAAAAAGGGAUUCAAUAGCCAAAAUUGUCUGCACCGCGUUCAUUGCUUCGCAACUCGAUUGAUUCUCUCAAUGCACUAUUCAAUCAAAUUUUCAUCCGAUAGUAUUUCUGUUCUCCUGUCGCUCAAACCCUCCAUAAACACAUAAAUACACGGUGUACAUUUGUGUAAUGAGUUGAAAAGCACGGUGAAUAUUCGCGAAAGCAUAGUGUGGAGAGGGGAAUCUAUCUGGUCUUUCUCUCUCUCGCUCUCUCGGAAACCGAACGCCAGUGCAUAAUCCACGAGGAAGGGAAACGAGGCGAUACUGAUUGUAUGAGUCACUGGGCACUUCUCACUCCUCAUACGUCACUGCCAACUCCACGAUGAAUCAUUCAGGGCCAAGAGAGACCACAGGAGGUGUGGAACACUCAGAAGUACUCAAUGAUAAAGAGUGUGCAUCCAUUUAAUUUCCCCUGAAUAACCUGGAGAAAUAUUCUCAACAGACGAAAAGCUAUAGAAAUGGAGUUACCAAACUCAUUUAAUAAUCCCAAAUGUCAAUGAUGAACAGUUCAAUGACGAAUUUUGAGGGGAAUGAUCCGGGUAAUGGGAAGGAGCUCUCAGGACGAUCGGACGGCCCUGGAGACCCUCGAACUUCCGUCUUAUCGGAAUUGCAAAUGAGAAGUACAGAAAUAGGAUUCAUCACCGAAGUACCUGAUUACGAGAAUCUAAGUACUUCAGCAGUCCUUCAUUACUGCAAGUGCAAAAUACUCAUGCCGUAUUUGAGAUUACUGUGGGUAAUGGGGCUGAGACCAACGAGCACAGAUUCAGAAAGCUAUUCGUGUUACUCGGUUCUAGCCAAUAUUCAUACGGUCCAGGUGACCAUUUUCAUGUGCAUUGGAUAUGUUCUGCAAUACAUGGCUUGCUUCAGGAGAGAUAGAGGAUUCUGCUACAAACUGCUACCCGUUCAAUACGAACAAAUAGAAAAUAUCACGAGAACCCAAGCCUACGAGCAGAUUUGCUACGGCAACGCUGUCUUCAGCUACCUCAUCCCCAGUGUUCUCCAUCUCGUAGCCUAUCUCUAUACAGUCUAUCUAUUCAGGAUAAAAGAGAACGAACAGCUCCAGAACCUGAUGGAGAGAGCAUUUCUUCUCUCGUCGAAUCCAGUCAAUCGAGGAAACCAAAAGAAACUAGUCAGGAUCCUCUGGCUGUUUAUCGGCCUGUCGGUCGUGUGGAUGACGAUGGCACUUGUUACUGUCAAUGUCCUGAUGGCCAGAGGUACCAUCCUCUUUCAAUGGCUGGAUCACAGUCCUGAACAUUUUAAGAAAUUAUCGAAAGUUCUUCUUAUCAUCUGUACCCUAUGGCACGACAUGGUACAGGGAACCAUCAUUACGAGUUACUGCCUUCAGGGACAGUUACUAGUAGCUCAUCUGAAUUUUCUGAAGGCCAAACUGUUACAGAACACUCUUCCUGCGCUAGACUGGAUGAAAGAAAUCCUGGAGUUUAAGAAGCUCUUGAAGUACUUGAACAACGAUCUUGCCCCAGCUGUCUGCAUUUACACAGUCGUGAACCUCGCCUGGGCUAUAGCAGGCACAGCCUGGCUUCUGGAGUACGACACUAUAGACUCAACAGCCAGUCCAGUUCCCUACUUCAGCAUUAUCAACGUAAUCCUCUGGGUGUUGAUAGCAAUGGCUCCAUUUUUGCAAGCAGCUAGACUGAGCACAGCCUGCUCCAUGAUUCAGAAUCUGGGCCAUGAGGUGAGGGUGAGACCAUUCGUCUACCAGACCACACCUGGGGAAGACCUCAACACAAUUCUCCUUUACACUUCCUCGCUGAAGAUGUGUGCGAGACUCUUCCGGGUGCCCAUCACUGGACGUUAUCUUUGUUUAUUACUCACCAUUGCUAGUAUUAUGCUCCUGGUGAUGGGACAGUGCCAUUUCUUUUCCUGAGUCGAUAACUAGGAAUUUUACUUUGGGCAUCUUAGGGGAGGGGAUUCUUUGAUGCGAGUGUCGGAGAAUCAUGGCUGAAACUAAUGGCUUUGGGAGAUCUUCAUUUACGAAUUAAUUAAAAUUUUCACAACAGAGUGAACCUAUUGUAAUUAUUCAAGUAUAAGUGUCCUUUAAUUCGUAAAUAAAUAGUUGAACUUGAUUUUUUAAUUUUUUAAAACUCCAGUUGCAACACUAUAACUGAUAGAAAAAUGUUCUGAAUUUACUGAAUGGUGAUUUAAUCGUUUGGACUUUCAUGUGAAAUCCUCUCCGAUAUUUUCUCCGAGAUGUCAACAGAAUCGAUUGAAACUGUCUCCAUUUUUCUAGGUUAGAACGCCCGAAAUAAACAAAAA